AUGUACCAGCCAAUUUCCGGUGAGAUAGCGACGGCGCCGGUGGAACUAACGGACGUGUACCGCCGGAGCUCCAGCUUCGGCAGUCUGGUCCCCUGCCUGACGGAGACCUGGGGCGGCCUGCCUUUCAAGGUCGACGACUCUGAGGACAUGGUCAUUUACGGCCUCUUGCGCGACGCCGUUAGGGACGGCUGGACGCCGUUCAAGGACGCCGUUAAUGUCAGGUGGGCGCCUCUCGCCGACGCCGUUAGUGCCGGGUGGAUGCCGUUCUCCGACGAGUGGACACCGUUCGCCGACAUCGUCAAGGCCGAGCCGAGGUUCGAUGUCGAGCCGGAGACGGAUCUGGCCGGGGUAAGGACCGCACACGCCGUCGCUCCGCCGGCGACGACGGCGCGGCCCAAGGGGCGGCAUUACAGGGGCGUGAGGCAGCGGCCGUGGGGGAAGUUCGCGGCGGAGAUAAGGGACCCGGCGAAGAACGGAGCGAGGGUUUGGCUCGGAACGUACGAGACGGCUGAGGAGGCAGCUUCGGCUUACGAUCGGGCGGCUUACAGGAUGCGCGGCUCGAAGGCGCUGCUGAACUUCCCGCACAGGAUCGGCCUCAACGAGCCGGAGCCGGUCAGGGUGACGGCCAAGCGGAGGUCGUCGCCGGAGAUGUCCGGAUCGAACAGCGGAUCUCCUAAGCGGAUGAAGAAGAAAGCUGCGGCCGAGACGGAGGUCGGGAGCCAGCCUCGGGUGUGCCAGGUGACAACGACGUCGUUGCCAGCUGGAGGGACACUAGUGGUGGCGUGA